CCAGCCUAUGUUGCAUCAUAAACAAACUCUCACACCUGCUCGGUUUCCUCUGACCCUCUUGGGUGUCACACCUUUCCCUGAAGACGUUGGACCGACAGCACAAGGAGAAACAUGCGGGCGGGAGUGUUGUUCGUCUUCUUCCUGGCACUGGCGGGGUUGGCACUGUCUUCACCUCUCCCGAAAGAACAUGAAGUCAUCGACGGCAGAAAAACCACCAUUGCCCUGGCCAUCGCGCACCAGCUGCUAGGCCUCAUCCCCAACGAAACCGUACAGGAACUCUUGAACACCAUCCUCGACGCCCUGGACCAAGAGGCGUUCGACUACUGGGGUCAGGUCAAGGACGAGGUCACAGCGCUGGUCGGGGACUACAUCAACGCCCAUAAUAUGCACCAGGUCGAAGUCUACCAGCAGGAUUUGCAGACGUUGAUGGAUAGGUACAACCAAGCCCCUGUCGAGAGUGACUCCUACCCCGACAAGAACCAACAGGCGGCCGCGCUAUCCACCUCCAUCAUCGCCCACAGGUACCUGGUGGAGGCCGCCGAGUUACCACAGUCCAUGAUCCUCCACUUCGAGGAUAUCUCUUCCAUUCAUGUGAUUGUGUUGAAGGACGCAGCCGAGACCUACAGCUUCCCCGACCUCCCCCCCUCGCGCUGGUGGGUCGACCUUGACGAGGAACUGGACCACUACAUCGCCUACGGGAAGAGCCUCAAGGUCGACCUCGGGAAACUGGAGGAUGGAGAAGGUCACGUGCCAGAAGGACUACGCGGGCGGCUCGUGUACCAGCUGGGAGUGGAUUGGCGUCGAGUGCUACGAUACGUUCACGGCCAAAGACGAGUCACGGGAGAGGAAUCGACCUGCACGCAACUCCACGGAACUCAAGACUGCGAGACCCACUGUGACGUCUUCAAGGCACACAAGGAACAGGAAGUCACCGUGUUCCUGUCUGCUAAGGUCAAUGACGUCAUAGCAGCGUGGGAACAGCUGAAGGAGAUCGCUGCUGCUAAUGCUGCUGUUGCGUCCAGGUACUAUGACCCAACCCGCGCCCACUGAAGCUGAAGAAUAUGACCUUCAGCUCCGGGCGGAGUGAGGGCGUGAUGAGGCCCCUGGGAAAAAAGGAGGAGGAGGAGAAGAAAAAAGGAGGAAAUGAAAAGGAGAGAAUAAAGAAAUUGAUUAAAGGAA